AUGAGUCAAAACACAAAAACUGAGCAACAGGGCUCCAGUUACACUACUGAUCAUUCAAAAUCUAACCAAACUACAGUUUGUACCAGUCCGCCCACAGUUAAAGACUCACUCAUACACCAAAGUGUUGGGGAAUCUUCGGAUAUUUUGGUGUCAAGCCAAAUUAAACAAAAUGAAAAAAAUUCGGAAAAUGUUAAAAGUUCGGAGAAAUUGUUGAUAAAAGAGAAAGAAGUGUUGUUAUUGUCAGAAGGUUCCGUAAAACAUGUUAAUAGCAGCGCAAGCAACGGUGUGUUGAAUGUUGAUGGUUUAAAUACUUCACCGAGUGAGUUACCAUGUGUUGAAAAUGAUGUUGGGCACACUAAACCUGCUUCUCAAUCUGGAAGUGGAAGUAGCCAAGAAAAUGUCACUGAAAAUAAAGCAGUUAGUGAGGUCUUAACAACAGAACAUACAUCUGAAGAAUUUGCUAUGAAUGGUCUCAACAAUACAGUGGAAAAAAAUCUUAACAACCAGCAUAAUGUUGAAGUGCCUGACUCACCCUCCAAAAAAGACGCUGUUGUUAAUGGUAAUGACCAAGAAGGAAAAAUGAAUGGAGUUGUCAGCGAUAAAGACAACAAAACAGACGGAGUUGAUGCAUCAUAUAAAGUUAACCCACUCGCGGAUGGUGUUGCAGUGGGGGGUGAAAUAAACGUCGUUAGCAAAGAUGAAGAAGUCGCUGAUAAUGCACUCGACGACGAGAUCAAUGGCGGUUUGGAAGAUGAUGGCAAAGCUAUCGGAGAAUCUCCUGAUUCAAGAUUUUUAAAGUUCGAUAUUGAGCUGGGCCGUGGAAGUUUUAAGACCGUAUAUAAAGGCCUUGAUACUGACACUGGGGUUGCUGUUGCAUGGUGUGAAUUGCAGCAUCAUAAAUUGUCCAAAAAUGAGCGGCUUCGUUUUCGUGAAGAAGCUGAGAUGUUAAAGGGAUUACAACAUCCGAACAUUGUAAGAUUUUAUGACUCAUGGGAUUACCAGUCACUUAAGGGAAAGAAAUGCAUUAUACUUGUCACUGAGCUUAUGACUUCUGGAACAUUAAAAACGUAUCUAAAACGUUUCAAAUCAAUCAAACCCAAAGUUUUACGAAGCUGGUGCCGUCAGAUACUGAAAGGGUUAAAUUUUCUUCACACAAGAAACCCAGCUAUUAUACAUCGGGACUUAAAAUGUGAUAAUAUUUUCAUAACUGGACCUACGGGAUCAGUGAAAGUUGGGGAUCUUGGCCUUGCAACAUUGAAAAGGACUUCUUUUGCAAAGAGUGUAAUUGGUACCCCUGAGUUUAUGGCACCUGAGAUGUAUGAGGAACAUUAUGAUGAAAGUGUUGAUGUGUAUGCGUUUGGUAUGUGCAUGUUAGAGAUGAUUACAGCGGAGUAUCCCUACUCUGAAUGUAUAAAUGCUGGACAAAUUUAUCGCAAAGUUACGCAGGGUCUUCCACCAAAUAGUUUUGAGAAAGUUCAAGGAAAAGACGAACGUCGGAUAAUUUCUAUCUGCAUCAACAGAGAUAAAACACAAAGGUACACAGUUCAACAACUACUAAACGAGCCAUUCUUUGUGGAGGUUCCUGGGAUAAAAGUCGAGCUCAGAUCACAGGCUGAAUCAAAUGCUGAACCUAGCCAGGGAGAAGGCGAAAAUGCGAUGCUAAAAGACACAGUGACGUUACGUCUCGUGGUAGAAGACGCCCAAAGAUUGAAACAAAAACAUAAAAAUGAUGAAGCUUUGGAGUUCGAUUUCGACAUGACUAAGGAUAUCCCCGUCGAAGUAGCAAAAGAAAUGGCCCAGAAUGGAUUUCUUCACGAAGAUGACGUUAAUGUUGUGGCAAAGUCAAUCACUGCUUGUUUAUCGAGCAUUCAACGUAAUCGACGAAAAAUUGAAGAAAAUCGGCAAGCAACAUUCAAUGACGUUAAAAUGAACCAAACCUACCAACAACAAAUGCAACAACAAACUUUACAACAACUACAAGAACAACUUCAUCAAACAACAAACAUGUCGUUGUCCCAACCAACAAACAUACAAACAAAUAUCUCCCAACAACAGAAUACAAAUCAACAAAUACAUCAACAGCCACAAUUCCGACAACAGAUUCAACCCAACAUUCAACAAAUCCCGCAACAGCAGUUUAUCCCGCAACAAAUUAUACCACCUGUUCAACAACAAUUCUUACAGCAACAAACAAAUCAACACCCGCAGUUGAUUCAACAAGCAAUCAACGGACAAAUCAACAAUCAACAACAGAUAAUGCAAAAUCCUGUGAUGCAGAAUCAAGCAAGCAAAACAACUCAUAACCAGGUCUUCAUUGAAUCAAACAUAGAGGAACCUGACAGAACCAUCAACACUGUACAAGAUGUUGUAAUGUCGGAAACUGAAUCAGUGGCCACGACCGACGCUGGGGGUGAAAGUUCAAAAGACAGCGACAAAAAUCGGAAAGAACAAAAAAGUGAAAAGAAACAUCGUCGUCAACAGAAAAGUCGAAACAGACAUUGGGAUAAACAACUUCGUAUUCUAUUAUUGCAGGUUGAUGGUAUUGAAAGGGAAUCUGACAACGAUUCAGAUUCGGUUGCUAAUAAUGUUACCCAGGGAGUUGAUGACGAUUAUUUGGAUAAAAAACUCGGACAUUUAUCCAUCGAAUGUCAAAUUGAAAUCCAAGGAAAUCUUGAAAGUAUAUUUAAAGUUGACAUUGACGUUGAAUCUUCGCAAGAAACUGCUUCACGCUUAGUGGUGAACAAUCAACUGAAUGAAAUAAAUAAAGAAUGUUUUAUUGAACAACUGACAUUGCUUUGUAACAGGGUUCGCAAAGGCGAGUUUGACGGGCGUCCAAGAUUAACAAUCACCGAUAUUAAAACAACCGAAGAAAAUUUAGUUGAAGUCGAAUGUCAACUCACGACCUAUAACCUGAAAACUGUCACUUUUAAGUUUAUCAUUGACGAGGAUACCCCUGAAGAAAUCGCUGACAAAAUGAUCCAAGCAAACUAUUUAAAGGAGAAACACACCAAAGCUUUUCAACAACAAGUACGUUUGGUCGGAAUCAAAGCAAAGCAAAUGCAUGAUGUUGGAAAAAUUGAUGUCGAUCUUCUGAAGUUGGAGGUUAACGGAUGUACCUCCACUGCUCCUCUGCUUCCGCUCUCUGAAUCUGUGUCCGCAACCUCCCUUCCUCCAGCUGAAGGCGGAAAGACGGAGGAAAAUCCUGUUUCAAAGCCGGAGGAGUUAAGCAGCAGUGAGACGGGCUCCGUGAUCGGGUCUCCUCGUGCCGAGCAAGUUAACGAGGGCAUAAGUGAUCCUGAUCCUGGGAAGACAGUGAGCAGCUCCUCGGAUGUUGCAGAGUCGUCAGAGGCAGCGAAACCAUCAAUGAGCAACAUCUUAUUUUAUCGCUCGCCCAGUUGUUCAAGUGUUGCGAGUCAACAACCACAAACCCAACAACAGCAACAACAACAACAACAACCAGUUUUAAAAGAAGCAUCGCAAAUAUCGGCCCCUCAACCAACGCACGAAACAACUUACAAUGCUUCGCAAACUGAAACCAAAACCGAGGCACAAGAAGUUAGAAGUGAUGCAAAAGUUAUCGAAAAUGCUCCUCUGGAUGCUGCAGGAGCAGAAGAGGAUCAAGGAUCAGAUGUCCCAACAUCCCAACCAAUCACCAUCCUCCCAAUAGGACAACCAGUAAUUCUUCCACAAGUGAUCAUGGUACCUAAGGAUACAAAUGAUUUAGAUAAGCAGUUAACGGCAAUUUUAUCCCACGCUCAAAAUACCGCUUCUACCAGUGAAGGAACAGAUGAAACAACGCCUGUUAUUGGCGUGGUUCCUGUAGUUAUUCCCGUUGCAAUGCCUAUUAACUCUUCUGAAAACGCUGACGGUAAUACUUUAGAUAUAGACAACCAAUUGAGUGCUCAAGAUACAGCAACAACUAAUGCAGCUUCUGAUAGCUUAACCUACCAGAUUAAUACCAAUGUUAAAAUGACUUCCGCUUUAGAUGAUUGGGGAAGUCCAUCUGUAACUACAGUAGUACCCCUGGUAGUAGCACUGUCCCCACCAAUUGGAUCUACGGCAAACUUUUCGCCCCCUUUAAACGAAGCAAGCCAAUCUUCUGGGGACGAAGCUAAGACAGCGGGUAUGGUGGAUCAAUACAAAGUGUCCGACACUGAAAGUUUAGUUGAAUCAGUUUCAUCCUACCACUCUGAGUAUCAGCCGGUUGCUCAGCCACAUGAAGAAAGACCUGUACUUCAACCCGAGACAAAUUUUAAUCGCUUCCAAAUCACUAAAGUGAAUGAAGAUGAUUCGGUAAAAUCGCUGCUGCGCGAAAAAAUGAACAAAAUUGGGGUCGAGGAAACGGAUACAGUUGUUAGGGAAGUCGGCAGGUUUCAGAUUAUCCCAACAGAUUCAGAAGUCAAGUCUCAACCUAACACUGCUCACAGGCAGCUUAGUUUUGAAAACGAUAAACAACCCACCAAGACACUUACUGAGUCAAAUAAAAUGGAUGCAGAAAAUCAUCAGCAAAGUUUUGAGACCAGUUUUGUCCACACUAACCAGCAGCAUACGUCAGUCUCACUUGAUGCUUCCUUUAAUGGAUCACUUGCUUCUAAUCAUGAAAAUGCGACGUACAUGACUUCAGUUGCCAGUCAACAAACUUCUUAUGAGCCAUCUCUAGUUACUGAAACCAACUCGCAAAGUAUUGUGUUUACCGAUGGGAACACGAGAGUCCGUACUUUGAGCAACAACAGCGAGAAAAGUUAUUCCUCAUUAAUUGGUUCUGAUCAAGGAAUGCAGCAAGAAUUUGUUCGUGAGCAAAACUUAAGAAUGUUUACUGAGCAACAAUACCAACGAACUAACAUGAACCCGGGAAACCCCCUUACCCCCCUCACCCCAAUUCCCAUAAAACCCCGGGAUCGUCAGCGAAUGUAUCUUGACUCACCCACCCGCUCACAAUACGGGGAACUCAGCGAGGACGAAACGGACGGCGACGAUUUUGACGAGGAUGAUUCUGAUUUUAAAGAUCUUAGCAAAAGGCAUCAACGUGAAAUUGAAGCUUUAAUAAGAAAACAUAGAUUGCAAUUGGACCGGUUGCGAAAAGCCAAGAAGCGACAAAAAAUGAAAGUUAUACCCCAAAAACAACCUAAUCCUUCAAAACCAGAUGAAGCCAUGUCUAAUCACCAUGAACACAGUGGAACAGACUUUGUUUCAAUGGAAACUGUGGAACUUCUUUCUUUUAAGUAUUUUCUCUCUCAUAUCAUCUCAUUCACUAUGGGCACACCAGUUUUAUUGAUAAUUUCAUUCCUCAGCCCCAGGAGGCCACGCCCAUGUCCCACCCCCCCAGACAACCAGCGCCCAACACCAUUCACCAUCCCGCAGAAACCAGCGCUUUCGUUCACCAGAAAAACUUCAGCAACAACCACCGUUCAAAUACAAACUCGUGGAACCCUCUAA